GGAGUGGGGUGGGGGAAAGUUGUUUAAUUAUUUUCUUUCUUUCUUUCGCAGUCUUUCUCUUGAGCAGCAGCAGCAGGAAGCACCCAACACCCGGAUCUGGUAGAACCGGAUCCAACACGAGCGAUCGAAGCAGCAGCAGCAGCAUCAUCAUCAGCCGCAGCCGCAGCAGCAGCGAUAGAAUCAUCAUCAUCAGCAGCAGCAGCAGCGAUAGAAUCAUCAUCAUCAGCAGCAGCAUUUGGCCUCAAGUCGCCAGCGAGAAGAGAGGAGAGAGUUGUGGGGAAAUUCGCGCGCCUCCACGAGUCUCGACUUGAGUAGACAUCGUCCGUACGGACCUCUCCUCCUCGUACUUGAUCAUCGACAUCAUCAUCGACAUCAUCAUCGGCGGCAGCAGGAAGACUUCGUCGUAGCGUGGAAGCAGCAGCAGCCAUGAGGACUUCACCAUCUUCACGUCGAUUGAUUCUCGCUAUUGUCGCCUUCUCUCUCUUCUUCCAGUCGGUGCUGCCGGCGGAAGAUGACGUCUUUCUUGAACCCCAGCAGGAGGGCUCCGGCAACUUCUCGGACGACGAAAGCUCCUUCGACGACGACGACACGGAGGGCUCCGCGUCUGGUGAGCAGCGCAACGGCUCCAUUUCCGUGGUGAGCAAACGUCCAGUCACAGAGGCCCCGUCGCGCGUGCGCCUGGGCAACAACGUUGGGUACGGCCGCACCGCGGUGGAGCUCGCGACGAGCGCCCCGCCGCCGUCCUUGAGCAGCAACAUCGAGAAGUCCAACAGCCAGGGCCAAGGUUUCUUCGACAAGACGGAGGUCUUGGCCGCGGUGAUUGCCGGCGGCGCGGUUGGCAUCCUGCUCGCGGUGCUGCUCGUGGUGCUGCUCGUCCACCGCCUCAAGAAGAAGGAUGCUGGCAGCUACGCGCUGGAGCAGAACAAGUCCUACCAGGCCGGAUAUCAGAAGGCGCCGCCGCAAGAGAUCUACGCCUAGGCUCGAGCCUCCUGCACUCUGCACUCGCCCCUCACUCGCACCUCACUCACUAAACUUUCACCUCACUUGCAGCUCACUCGCACCUCACUUGCAGCUCACUCGCAGAUCACUCGCACUCGUAUCCCACCUGAGGGGAUCGGCCCCAGCAGCCUUGGUCUCCAGGCCGAAGCCCUGAGUUCUGAGCAUUGCUAUAAAGGCACAGAACUCGCUCAUUGUCCGGUCACAUAAAAUUCACCUCGUUUAUUCACUGCUGGAUGAGGGUAUCCUCAAACCGUUGUCACGGUCACACGAUGCACAAUAGCCGAUUCCAUUGCCCCCAUCUGUGCGUGGAGGCCCUCUCUGGCCCGUUCCCUCCUUUACCUGCAAUUCCUUCUUCCUAGCCCCCGCCGCCGGCCAUCAUCCCUUCUCGAGACGAUGUGGGAGUCCUUGAGACGAUGUGGUGUUCUUCUUGAGACGAUGUGGUGUCCUUCUUGAGACGAUGUGGUGUCCUUCUUGAGACGAUGUGGUGUCCUUCUUGAGACGAUGUGGUGUCCUUCUUGAGACGAUGUGGUGUCCUUCUUGAGAUGAUGUGGUGUCCUUGAGAUGAUGUGAUGUCCUUCUUGAGACGAUGUGGUGUCCUUCUUGAGAUGAUGUGGUGUCCUUCUUGAGACGAUGUGGUGUCCUUCUUGAGACGAUGUGGGAGUCCUUCUUGAGAUGAUGUGGUGUCCUUGGGACGAUGUGGCGUCCUUGGGACGAUGUGGUGUCCUUCUUGAGACGAUGUGGUGUCCUUGGGACGAUGUGGUGUCCUUCUUGAGACGAUGUGGUGUCCUUCUUGAGAUGAUGUGGUGUCCUUGGGACGAUGUGGUGUCCUUCUUGAGACGAUGUGGUGUCCUUCUUGAGACGAUGUGGGAGUCCUUCUUGAGAUGAUGUGGUGUCCUUGGGACGAUGUGGUGUCCUUCUUGAGACGAUGUGGGAGUCCUUCUUGAGACGAUGUGGCGUCCUUGGGACGAUGUGGCGUCCUUCUCGAGACGUGUCCAGCCGCGAGGUUAAUAACCUGCGGCAGGGGGGGAUGCGCAACCCGCCGUAACAUUAUUUUACGUCGCCUCAAAUUUGGCUUCAGUCGCUGCUCAGUGUUCCCAGUCCAUCGGCGCGCCGCCUUGAUCUGUAACGAAGCCGGAUUCGUCGCCGUGUCUUUACCUGCACGCCGCGGAGUUGCAAUUCCAAGAGGGCCCCCACCCCACCCCGUUUCCCGCAAGAGGCCGCUGGUCCCUCAGAAAGCCGUUGGCUACGCGGCCUCAGCUUCUAAGCAUCAGCGACCAGACCUUGGCCUUCGCAACCGGACCUCAGCCUAAGGAACCUUACCCUGGUCGCAGACUAGCCAGCGACCCGGGCUUUUGACGAGAGAAUCGAACGACGCCGGUUUGGUCGGCCGUCUUGCAAUUCCCGUGCAGCCUUCCGAAAAGCGUCAGCUCUGACCGGGGAGGGAUCGUUGUCGGCGUGGACGCAGGGAGGAAUGGAGGGGGGGCGGGGGGAGCUUGUGCCUUCUUUCGUUCUACGUUCUUGUAAAUGCCAUCCGCGUCGUAUAACUGCUUGGUGUUCGUUCAAAGUCAUUGGAUGUUCGGUUUAUCCAUGUUCCUCUCUUUCCUGCCUCUCCCCAAAUCGUUAUUGGCCACCUUGGCCUCCCUCGUUCGGGUGUCCUGAGUAACCAGUCGGCGCUGCUGUCUUCAUACCUCCCUAAUCCACCUCUCCCGAACUUUAAAGCUACCAAAUGUCUGUGAGGCACAACCAGGACGCACGGUAGGCCCCUCCCUCUGCCAGCAGCCCCGCCCCCUCCUCAGGUAGCCCCGCCCCUUAGCCUGCUGUAUUGUGGGUCGCGCGUGAGGUCAGAGUGGUGUUAAAACCAGCGACCGAAUCCCAACUUUCCCCAACGUUGUAGGGGGGACACCAGGCGCAACGGGACUGCCCCGGGCAAACCUGGACAUUUGGUAGCUUUACUCGGCACGCCGCCCUAACCCACCUCGCCACCCUAACUUCCCUAACUCGCCACGCCACCCUACCUCGCCUCACUCACCUCGCCUCCCUCACCUCCCUAACUCACCACGCCCUCCCCACUGCUUCACCUCAGCCGCUGGUGUUCGGAGGUGCGACGCCACUCGCGCACAAACCGGCCGCAAUGGGAAAGCAAAACACUGCUCGCGUCACCGCGACGGCGUCACCGCGACGGCGUCACCGCAAUGUCGUUAUCGCGUCAUCGUUGUAGCCACGUCGUCACGUCAUCGUCGUGACGUCACCACGUCGUCUUCACCGCGAUGUCACUGAGACAUCACCGCGACGUUGCCGCGACUUCACCACGACAUCGUCAUGGCGACGUUCACCGCGACGUCACCACGACGUCGUCACUGCGACGUCACCGCGACGUUGUCACUGCGAUGUCACCGCAACGUCACCACGUCAUCACUGCGACGUCACCGUGACAUCACCACGUCGUCACCGCAUCGUCACCUCGUCGUCGCGUUGUCACCGUCGUCACGAGUGGCAGUCGUGCAGCUAUGCAAGGAAAAGGGGGAGAGAUAUACAGAGUGUGUGCGCGCGUGUGUUGUUGUGUGUGUGUGUGUGGUUUUAACUCUUGAGGUACACGAUCGUGGUUAACACGGACAAACAAAGGUACGCAUUCGCCGGACGACUCGAGGUACGAGCAGACGGCCGGGCUCCGUGACCCGUCAUGGGGGUCGUGUCUCCUCCGUCUGCCGCUCUCCGCCGGUCCGCUCUGCUGGCCGUGACAACGGCGCGCCGGUCGGUCAUCAACCGGUGUUCGUGCGCGGGGUCCGGGCGGUGGGCGGUGGGGUGGGGGGGAAAAGAUUUCCGCGAAAUAAUUUCACCGGCCGGCUUGGCACCGCGCGCGUAUGCACACCGUUCAAACGUCUUGCCGUCGAGGAGUUCCGGAAAGAUCCCGUGCGAGUUGUGUUUUUCCUUUCGGAAGCCUGCCCACCCGGAGGAUGUUUUUUGGGAAAUCGGGGUGUUGGGGGUCGUCUCGAAGCCUCACUUUUACUGUCCUCUUCCCAUCACCUCUCCCGACGUUCUUUGCACCGUCCCUGGCAAACUUCCAUGCGGUACGGUUAAGGGGGGUGGACUCUCUUAAUCAUAGUUAACUCUAGCUGCAAUAAGAAUACUUUAAGCCGGCAACUAUUAAAUAAAGUGGUUGAACGUAUGUUUUAUUUUUUAAUUCCUUUACUUAAGCAACAAGAUUGAUUGUAAUUGUAUUAUUAUUGUUAUUAUUAUUAAUCUCGAGGCAAAUGUCUCAUCUCAACUUCAUGGUGUAAAAUUCCUGAUGAUAAUAAUCUGUAACAUUCUGACGAUAGCUCUAAGUGUCAGGUCUACAUAGGAUGAUUGUAAAACAUUAUUUUUGGUGUUUAUUUUGUCGAUCCCGUUGCAUUACAUUUUAACGCUCACUCUCUCUCGCGCAUGUCGUCUGGUGCACCACGUACUGUAGUCCCUCGCGGUUCCCUCUUCUGAUUCUUUUCCACCGGUAAAUUGCGAGCCGUGCCACGGCCGUGGCCCCGUGCUGCCCCGGCUUAGCUCAGGAGGCCCGCCGGGGUUGUUUUUCCACUGCGGGAACCCGAGCUGAUGCCGCUAACGUGUCGCACGCUACGCUUGACGAAUUAUUAACCCCGCCCCGUGGCCCUGCUUGGCCCCUCAUCGAGCAAAAAAAUCUGAGUUUUUAAGUUGAGGGGGCAGGGGGGGGGGUGUCCCACCUUCGGAAAUGCUUAACCACAGAUUUCCCUCGCCGUAGUUUUACCUUGAGUAUACAUUUGUCACACGGGUGAUCCCAUUUGGCCAGCUAUUUUAACAAGGGAGCAACAGAAACAAUAUUAUCUUUUUUUUCGUUUUACAUAUUUUUUUAUUACAAAAAAAAGACGCGAGCCCGACCACACCGCGCCACGAGGCGCGGGGGAACACGGAAACAAAACAAAACAACUCUUCUUGUGAGGCCAGAGUGCCACAGCUUGGGUUCUGGCUCGGCUCGGCACAAAAAUCAGCCGUAACCGUGGAGGUGCCUGCGUGAAGGUGUGCCGGUGGGAAAAUUAAAAAAAAACGGUUGUUUGACCGCGCCCCCCCUGCCCCCCGCAGUACGUCCCCCCCCUUCCCACCUCCACUUUGUUGUUGGUACGCAAUCAUCGCGUCAAGCAUGAAGUGACCUUUGACUCUACGUUCUCCCUUUGUUGUUCCUCGUAAGUACGAGACGGGGAGUAGGAAGUGGUCGCGAGCACAUUGAUACUCGGCAACGUAGUUCAGAGCGGCACGACCGCUCCAGCCCUUCCUCGAAUGUGGGUGGCAGAUUUUUUUUGUUAAAAUGAAUAAAUAAACAAUUGGCUGUCACAAGACCUCGCACACGCACCGCGCUUCUGGCUCAUGCAGGCGUCUGUUUUAAUUCGCCGAAACGCCAGCGGCGGCGGGUUCUGAGUUUUUAAUAAUUCACGCGGCUCUCGAACCCGUUGAGGAGUCCGUGGCCUUGGCGGUCGCGUGCGCAGGCGGUGCAACUGCGCAGGGUGGUGGGGGGGGGCAGCAGAUGCCAGGCUACAAAGAGGAGGAAAUUGUAAAGAGGGUGGUGGGGGGGAGGGGGCUCAUUUCAUUCCUUGUACCAGGGCCUAUGCCAACCUCUCGCCUUGUCACGGGUUGGACCGCCACCCCAAGGGACUUGUUGCUCCGGGCGCUUUGCCUGCGACGCGCGGGGAAACAUUCGCGUGUGGGACGGCUCUGGCAGCUGUGUGACGAAGCGUGGUUCGCCAAGAGUUGAACAUCGGUACAAGCCUAGUCGCGUUCAACAUUUAACAAUGGAAAUUGUCGACAUUAACGCCUUUCAUCGUUAAGAUGUUGAUUAAUAUCGUUCUUCCCAGUAAAUGCAUUUUCCUUUUUUUGGUACUAUGUA